UUUAGUACAGUUAAAAGCGCAGUAAAAGAAGAGAGUUUUUAUUGAAAAUGCGAAAAUAUUAUUUAAUAAUUGCUUUAUUCGGCGCUUACCUCGCCACACAUCGGCACGGGGCGCAGGCGCUGAGCGCAUUUCGGCCGGCGGUGCCGCCACCGCCACGCUGGAGUGCCAAUAUGCAAAUGCUGCGGCGUCACAACAACGCGGCCUUCGAGUUUUGGUCCGAGGAUGAUGAUACGAAUCUCUGGGAGCAUUGUGGCCUUUUCGAGGGCGAUAUUAUGCUGCACCGCGAGUGGUUGCGUAACGGUUUACUGAAGGAGAAGUUCACAUGGCCCGACGCGACGGUGCCAUUUUACAUCGACAGCAACGAUUUCAACCAAACGCAAAUGAUGACGAUUUUGGAGGCCUUCAAAGAGUAUCACGAGAAGACUUGCAUCCGAUUUCGACCUUACAAAAAAGGCGACACCAAUUGGAUAAUCAUUAAAGGCAACUACACCGGCUGCUGGUCUAGCGUGGGACGCCGACAAGGCGGACAGGUACUUAACCUCAAUACGCCGCGCUGCGUCUCGCAUGGCGUCAUCGUGCACGAACUGCUGCACGCGCUCGGCUUCUAUCACCAGCAAAGCUCGACGGAACGCGACGAGUACGUGAAGAUCAACUGGGAGAACAUACUCGACGGGCAUGCGCACAACUUCAACAAAUACGCACGCACACACAUCACCAACUUCGGCGUGGAGUACGAUUAUCAGAGUGUCAUGCACUACAGUUCGAAGGCGUUCACGAAGAACGGCAAGCCGACCAUUGAGCCGCUGGAUCCAUAUGCGUCUUUGAGUCAACGCAAAGGUCUCUCUGAAAAGGACAUAUCCAAGUUGAACGAAAUGUACCAGGAGGACUGCAAUGCGGAUUACCUAUUUAGCUUUGAUCGGCUGGGCUCAUACUUAGACGAAUUGUUGGAGUAUUUUCAAAAUAGUUUAUUUAGUCGAAACCGUCCAGUGGAACGUACACAAAAUGUAAAAAAUGAAAUGUGAUUUCGUACAUUUGACUUGGAUUGAGUUACAAAAAUAUA